AGUUUAAGUGUAAAAUUAAUGGCUGCCAUCAGUAGAGCCUUGCAGCUCUCUUUCUCACUCUUGCAGCUACCAAUAGCUAGCGUUCUAGUGCAGAGCUAACUACUAAGUAGAGUAGUAACACUCGGUAAACAAGUUUGGCUACGUGCUCUUCUGAAAAGACUGCAAUGGCAUUCCAAGUAAGCAAAACUAGGCAUAACUCGAGAAAGAAGCAUUAUUUUGCAAAUCCACGAAUUAAAAUCCAAGUAAUUUAAACAUGACUAGAAGCCUAUAGAAACUCUUACUUGCACUUGAUUCAUCCUUGAGCAGCUGUAGCAGUCUACACAGACAGACACACAGACAGACACACAGACACACAAACACACUACCGUAUACCUCGCUUGCGCAUGCGCACCGAGGCAUAAUAAUGUGAGUCCUCCUGUGGAAACCUCAAAAGAGGUAAUCCCAGAAACCCCCUCCUCCCUCCUCCCCUCUCUGACAGUCCCUGCAGUUGAGGAACACACCUCUCCUAGAAGAUUUGGUGCUGCCCUAGACGCUCAGUGUACAUACAGAGUGACAGUGACUCAGAUGUACCCUCCAGCAAUGAUAGACCUCGUGCAAUGGAGCUCAAAGAAUCAUCAGAAUGGCUUAGCAGCUCAAGAAGAAAGCUCCAGAAGUUUGCAUUUCAGAAAAGCAAGAUUACAAACGAUUCAAAAGAAAUUAAAAUGCACAGUGAAGCCGCUAGAAACUGUAAGAAGGUCAAGAAAAGAAUAUUAAUAGAAAGUAGCGAUAGUGAUGAUGAUCGUAGUUCAUCAAAAACAAAGUUGUCGUCAAUGGAAACCAAACAAAGUGUACAGCCUUGUGAGACUACUGCUGAUGUGGUGGAGUUGACUGAUAGUUAUCGUGAUGAGUACAGUGGGUCAGAAUCAGAGGAAGAUGGUUAUUCCGUCAAACAGAAGAAGUCAAUCCUCAAGUUUAUGAAUGAUUCCUCCCUGGAUGAGCUGUGUGAUAUUCCACGCUGCUCUGUUACCAAGGCUAAACUGAUUGACAAACACCGACCCUUUGAAACCUGGAAGCAUUUGGUGGAGGCUCUUGUUGCAAAGAAGGGUCUUAGUGAACAGUUGCUGGAGGGCUGUCUGACACUACUGGCAGAGAGGAAGGUUCUUGUUAGACUACUGGCUCAAUGCAGGACCAUCUCCACCUCCAUCCAAGACAAGUUCUCUCACCUGCAAAACUCAGAGUGUGUGAGUACUACUGGAGAUGAUGUGGUGUACUCGGCACAACCUGCUGUUAUGAACCCAAGUGUUCAGUUGAAGGAGUAUCAAUUGCUUGGUCUCAACUGGUUGGUCCUGCUACACUCUCAAGACCUCAAUGCAAUACUGGCUGAUGAAAUGGGUCUUGGUAAGACAGUGGAGGCGAUAUCGUUCCUGUCCCACCUCUAUCAGCUGGGCUCCAGUGGUCACUUCCUUGUCGUGGUCCCCUCCUCCACUCUAGACAAUCGGGUUCGUGAGUUUGAGGUGUGGUGUCCAGCCAUGACAGUCAUAGCGUACUGGGGUUCCCAACAGGACAGGUCUCAGAUGAGAUAUGAGAUCCUUUCCAAUCGUGAUAACUUUGAUGUCAUCCUCACAACGUACAAUGUGUGUAUAGGUCAGGCUGAGGACAGGAAGUUCUUUAGGAAGCUCUCUCUAGACUGUCUCGUACUGGACGAGGGACACAUGCUCAAGAACAUGAACUCACUGCGAUACACACACCUCAUGAAAAUACAGGCUAAGAGGAGACUCCUGCUCACGGGGACUCCACUACAGAACAACCUGCUGGAGCUCAUGUCUCUACUCAGUUUCGUUAUUCCUUUCAAACAGUUCUCUGCUCAAAUCAGAAACACCUUCUCUAGAGCUAGGAGAGUGGACGAGUCGAGUGCCUACUACCAGGAGCAAGUGAGACAGGCCAAGCAGAUCAUGACACCCUUCACACUGCGGAGGCUCAAGUCACAAGUGCUGAGUCAGCUCCCGGCCAAGGUGUCCAGUACAGAGCAUUGUCAGCUGACGGAGACUCAGUGGACGUUGUACAGGGGCAUGGUGGAGAGGUCACUCAGGGUCAAUCAGGGCCGACAUGAUGAGUGCCUGCAGGGGAAUGUUGUGUGUUGGGAGAUUGUGGCUAGUAGUCGUAAGAGAGGCAGUGGGUGUGGUUUCAUGUGCAGAGAUUGCUUCCGUUCACAGUCCCUCAAACAUUGUGUUGUCCUCAAUAUUGUACCAGAUGGUUGUCAAUUGACCUGCUAUGUUAUCAUGCAACUCUUAACAUAGUUAUUUACUGAGUGUCACUGCUCGU